GCUUUUCUCUUCAGUAGCCAGAAUGGACUCGAAAAAUGCUCAGAAAACUUGGGAGUUCAGCAAUAACGUAGAAAAUAUCAGCGGUGUUGACGAAAUAUACAGAUAUGAUAAGAAACAACAGCAAGAUAUUCUAACAGCUAAACCAUGGGAAAAAGAUCCUCAUUAUUUUAAGCACAUUAAAGUUAGUGCUUUGGCUCUGCUGAAAAUGGUAAUGCAUUCAAGAUCAGGUGGAAAUCUGGAGGUGAUGGGACUAUUGCUUGGGAAAGUUGAUGGCAAUACAAUGAUUGUUAUGGACAGUUUUGCUUUACCAGUAGAAGGAACAGAGACCAGGGUGAAUGCCCAAGCACAGGCAUAUGAGUAUAUGGCUGCAUAUACUGAGGCAGCUAAGCAAGUAGGAAGGCUGGAGAAUGCUAUUGGUUGGUAUCACAGUCACCCUGGUUAUGGUUGUUGGUUAUCAGGAAUCGAUGUCAGUACACAGAUGCUAAAUCAGCAGUUCCAGGAACCAUUCGUUGCAAUCGUAGUAGAUCCAGUAAGAACAAUAUCUGCUGGGAAGGUUAAUAUAGGAGCAUUCAGAACGUAUCCUAAGGGUUUCAAGCCCCCAGAUGAGGGCCCCUCAGAAUACCAGUCUAUACCGCUGAACAAAAUAGAAGAUUUUGGAGUCCAUUGCAAACACUAUUACAGCUUAGAAAUGUCCUACUUCAAAUCAGUGGCAGACAGGAAGCUAUUGGAGUCUCUGUGGAACAAAUAUUGGGUCAAUACACUCAGUUCCUCCAGUCUCUUAACAAAUGCAGACUACACUACCGGUCAGAUCUUUGACUUGGCUGACAAACUUGAGCAGUCCGAGGUUCAGCUGUGUAGAGGAGGCUUUAUGCUGGGGAUGGACACGCAUGAAAAGAAAUCAGAGGAUAAGCUCGCCAAAGCAACUAAAGACGGGUGUAAAACUACAAUGGAAGCAAUUCAUGGCCUAAUGUCACAAGUGAUAAAAGACAGAUUAUUUAACCAAGUGCAUACUUCAAAAUGAUAUAUCGUUCUGUUUAGUGAGUAAGUGUUGUGCUUCUCUGGAUGUGCAAGUCUGUAUUCUAUAGGUGUGCAAGUCUGUAUCCAUGUAAUUACACAGAAGGACUCCCCAAGGGAAAAUCCAGUGACUAUAAAUGUUGCUUACUGGUUAAAUAACUGUACAUGUAAAUUGUAUUUGCUAAAGGGACUGGUUCACGAUUUUUGAUAAAAAUAUUUAACAUAUUUGAUGUUAAACAUUAAAAAUAUAACUCAUUUAAUGUUGACAGCCAAAAUUUUGACCUUCUGAAUGCAAGAAUGAAAGCAAUAAUUUAGCCUUAAAUCUGUAAAUAAAGACUCAAGUCUUUUUAUGUGUACAAACAAACGGAAAUAUUAAUUUUGUAAUAUAAAGCAUCUUAAUUUUCCAUAGUUACAAAUUUUAACUUUUAGAUAACACAUUCUACCCAAAGAAUGCUUGUCAAUGUGAAAGAUAUAAUAAACUUAGAUCAAUAUUCAUUUCUUUUAAAAAUUUCGUAAACAAUAACAUACCACAAUCUCUGUUUACAAAACAAAUAACAAACUUUCUAAAAUGAGCUUCUGUGAUAAUGUAUAACCUUAAUUUUUAUGUGAAAUCUCUUAAACACAUUAGACUGUAGGUUUUGAUCUUUAAAAGGGAAAAACAAAAUUUUGAGGAAAAUCGUGAAUCAGUCCCUUUAAAGAACUGUACAUAUAUUAAAUAACUUUUGUUAAAGAUCCA